AUGGCCAAAAACAUCCUGGGUGAAGCUGGGUUGCACUUUGAUGAGCUGAGGAAGCUAUGGGUUUUGGACCCAGAGGUUACCCAGCAGACCACAGAGCUCAAGAAAGAGAGCAAGGACUUUGUGGAUAAAAUUGGCCAGUUUCAGAAAAUAGCUGGUGGUCUAAUUGAGCUUGUGGACCAACUUGCAAAAGAAGCAGAAAAUGAGAAGAUGAAGGCCAUUGGUGCUCGGAACUUGCUCAAAUCUAUAGCAAAACAGAGAGAAGCCCAACAACAGCAACUUCAAGCACUAAUAGCAGAAAAGAAAAUGCAACUAGAAAGAAAUGAACUGAAAAUUUCAUUUUUAUAG